CAUAGUGUGCAUAGAAAAAAGCAAAGGCGCGAUGAGUUUUUGUUUUAGGUAUGAUAAAACAGAUAAUCUUGCUGAUAAAGAAUUGUUGCAAUGUUGACUGUGCCAGUUAAUUUCUUGUAUUAGACUUCGAUUCAAUUAUUUUAGAUAAAUUUAUGGAUUAUAAGUUUCGGCUAGGAGCUGAUCAUGGCUUGUGGUGUUCAUUCUUGUUACCGUUGUGCCUUCUUCCAUACGCAAUUACCCCUAAUUCUGGUGUCUAUAGGUUGUUAUUCACAGUUUGCAUCUGGCUUAUCAUAUCUGGUUAUCUAUGGGAAAAUUUGUUCUUGUGUAAAAUUAAGCAUAAUGUUCCUGCUAAUUAUAUAUGUUAUAUACUUGCCAUUCCUGCUUCAGCAGUAGUUUGGUACAUCCAUCCAUGGAGUAUAUGGUUUUCAUUCAUUGUAUGUUGCUUCAUGAUGGUGUAUUAUAACUUACUUAUCUCUAUCCUGUUAACAAACUGCCCUAGGACUUUUACUUUAGGAGAAGUUCAAAUAAUAGCACAAGGAAUCUUGCUUUUUAUUCUCUCUUGCAUUUUGUCACUUCUGAAUGAGCUGGAUAUUUUCCCUGAUAAAUCAUUACAAAAUAUAAUUCCAGUUUCUGUAAAGUUUAUGCAGGUUUUACUUUUAGGGUGUCUUUUAUUAGUGUAUGUUCUGCAUAAAUUUACACAAAUAAGACAUGGAUUAAGUUUCCACAUCUGUUGUGUUUCUUUUGGGCUUUUGAUGCUACUAGUCUGGAGCUAUGUCCUUGAUGAAAAUCCAGUUAUGUGGUUAUUGUUGUUUUGUUUAAAAAACAAGAUAAGGAUUUUUCUUCUCCUGUUCUGGGUUGUGUCUACAUUUACAUCUAUCUUUUUUGUGAUAUGGAUCAACCAAGUUCAAAAUCAAAAAGUAUCAACCAUAACUAGGAAAUAUUUCCACAUUAUAGUAAAUGCUGUAUUUAUACCUGGCAUUAUAUAUGACCUUGAACUACUGCAUCUUGCAUCAGGAAUCGCAUUAACCGUUUUUAUUGUAUUAGAGAUGUAUCGAGUUCUUGAUGUUUAUAUCAUUGGUCCUGCCAUCAAUAACGCAUUCCAAAUAUUUCUGGAUGAGAAGGAUUCUGGAGUUUUAAUUUUAACUCAUAUUUACCUCCUCAUAGGUUGCUCAUGCCCUUUAUGGUUGUACCCUUACAGUUUAACAAAAGGUUAUCACAUAUGCUUGCUAAGUGGAAUUAUAUCAGUUGGAUUUGGUGAUACUGCAGCUGCAUUAGGUGGUUCUCUAUUUGGUAAACAUUUUUGGAAAAAUUCCAAAAAAACAUUUGAAGGGACUGCCUGUGCAAUUGUUUCCCAGUUAGUUUGCUGUUAUCCAUUUUUAUCUGUUGGUCAUACUUUCUCAAUCUGGAACAUUCUAUUAGUAACCACAUCCAUCAUCUUUACAUCACUACUAGAAGCUACAACAUCACAAGUAGACAACUUAGUGUUGCCACUAUUUAUGUUUUCAUUUCUUUCAUGGAUUCAAUAAAUUUGUAUUUUGUGAGAGUUUAUUUAUAAAUUGAAGAAAAUAUUAAUAUACAUAUAAAAUAUUUUUUUUUCACUUUGAAAAUGAAAAUAAAAAUUGAUGCUUUGCAUAAUACGAUGUACAAUGGUCUGACUCAGAAAUGGAUUUUAGGUUUCUCUAAUGCAGUGUUUUUAACCUAUUACCCUUCACAUAUUAUACAAAAAUGUAUGUCAUACUGAUGUAUUCCUUAUAUUAUUUGAUGGAUAAACCUAUAAUCAUAUGAUAAUAAGAUUAUAUAUACAUGUCAGAUUUUAUAUUUAUUUUUUCUGUUUGCGUGUAUCACAUAAUAGAAAUAAUAUUUUAUGAAUUAUUUACACAUAUCUUUGCUUAACAGGCUUGUUGCCAAAGCUGAUAUGGUACAUCAGUUCACAUAUGCCAAGAUCCUAUCUAAAAUUUUAUGCUUUUAAAUUAUUUUUUGUUGUUUUAUUAUUUAAAUGUAGAUAUAACAGAUUACUUUGAGCAAUAAAUAAAAUUAAAGUAUUCUCAUAGUUGGCAUGUGAAAUAUUUUUUACCCUUGUGCUGACUGCGAGAUAACUCAGAACUAGAUAAACAAUAUUCACUCGCACAUUCAUGCAAAACUUUUGCAAGUGUAGUACAUUAUUUUUCAUUCGUUUUACACGAGUCACUGAAAAAAACUUGAGCAGUCUGUUUGUAACAUUUUUCAAGUGAAAAAAAAUCCUCUCCCCCCCAAAAAAAAAUGGUUUUGCAUUCUAAACAUUUGGUUAUUAUAAUUAAUGUAAUAGUAAUUAAGUGUGUCAAUUCUUGUAUGCCAAACACCUAUACAUUGCACACAUUUGCUACAGCAAUAAUCUACUCGUACUGAGUAAUUUGGGUAAGGCAAUUAGUUAUCUUGUGGCUGGCAAGUAAACUCAGUUUGCCAACUAUUCUCAUUGAUAUGAAAGCAAAUGUGUUAAAAACCAAAAAAACUAAUUAGCUCAGAAUUCCAUGGUUUGCUCUGGUGGAUAUUGUGGAAAAAAUUCUGAGUUUCUAACGUCUAAACUAUUUUGAAUUUCUAAUGUAAUUGCUGAUUUCUGGCAAUUUUUUCAGUAUAAAACAAAUCAUGAAUGCAUAUAACUUUCCAUUAAGUGUUAAAAAAUUAACUGGACAGUUAAUGAUUACGGUGAAGAAUUAUGAUGUUAAUAAUGGAAUAAACAGGAAACCUUUGUCUCAAAAAUCAAAAUGUCAAUCUGAAAUAAAAUGAAUUUUGUUCUUU